AUGGGUGAUCGAACGAGUCAGAGAGUGCGUCUUAUAUUCUUUUCAGGAGCUCAUAUCCAAUCUCUAAUAAGCCUGGAGGAAAUCUGCAAUGGAUGUGAGAAGUGUUUUAAUAUUGCCAAGAAGUGCGUCGAGUAUGGUCCGUUGAGAUUCAGUACACUACAAACUAUAACUUAUUCAAAGAACUACAAUAAACUGCAUGUGUCUGAUAAACUAUUCGAAGACAUUGCAGAGUACUGUAUCUCUAAGUCAAAAAACAAAGAAGAAUGUUUCAAAGAACUGGAGAAAACUAUUCUUCCAGUUAUUUCUUGUGAUACACUUUCUAUUUGGAUAGAUGAGACCAGAGUUUUCCCGGAUGGAAUGGAAGGUCUUGAGUAUGACCAUCGUCAUAUGCCACGAGAAGUUAUCGAUAUCAUUCUGAGGAAAUGGAGUGUAAAAUCUAUUCAACUCAAUAUGAUAUAUUUCACGAGUGAAGGGAUGUGCAGUGUCGACUGGUUACAGUAUGACUAUUUCGCUCGAGUCAGACUGAAUGAUCCAUAUUUCAAAACUCAAAAGUCUCCAGAUCUAAAGUUCACUCAUGUCGAUGUGGAAAUGUCGGAUUCGAUCUAUUGUGUGAGAGAUCUAGGCGUUCGCUAUCCAAAAUCAGAAUCUCCCAGAGGAUAUGCCAACUUUAUUCCAAAUAUCAGGAGAUUAUUCCCAACUGACAAAAUAUCGAUGGAUCUGUCACAUUGGUGUUGUAUAGCCAAUGAUGAUAUCGAGAAGAAGAUGUCGACUAUAUUGCACGUGGUCUCUAUGGAACAACCUCAGAAUUUGAGUGUGCAUAUCAAAUUUUUUGUGGAAUCAGCAAUUGUCAAAAUGCUCAACGAGAAGACGAAAAAAGAAGAAUUGUUUGGAAUUGCUCCGAAAUACAAUUUCAGAGAACAUAGUUUGCAGUGUUAUUAA